AUGUUGCUGAAAAUGUCACAUAUUCAGAAGACACACUGACUCCGUCCAGUCAACUUCGUUCAAACCGAAUGCGUCCGCAAGCUUGAAGAGAUCAAGGCGAAGAUGGCGAUCGUGGAGAAAGGCCGUGAGGAGAUCAGGCUCGCUUCGGCGUACCUGCUCGAACACGGCUGGACACACGAAGACAUUGCCGCUCUGAUGUCUUCGGCGGUGGAAGAUGCUCCACCUCCCACCCAAGCGGCACCAGAGCGUCCGGCGAAGAAGCCAAGGCCGCAGAAGCCGGCUCCCGGUUCCGAGGGCAAGGCUGAGGCCAAGGUGACCUCCAGUGACCAGAUUUCUGGUCGGGAGCCGCCGAAGGCAAAGAAGCCGGCUCUCGGUUCCGAGGGCAAGGCUGAGGCCAAGGUGACUUCAUCCAAUGACCAAGUUGUUGGUCAGGAUACGGAUGCGAUGGCCGUGGACGGCGGCGUGGCGGAAGAAGAGAAGCCCGAACGGGAGUUCACGGUAGUAAACGCUCACGGGAAGAUGAAGCGGGUGAAUCCGGCAGCCAAGACAAGGCUCGAGGCAGGUACGCUUAUCUCGAGGUCGAAGCCUGCCGGCUUCGCGUGCGAAGACUACUGGCUGGGUUCUUGCGCCAGAGGUGAUGGUACUUGCGAGUUUACCCACGAUUGGGUGGAUACGCUCGUAAGGAGCCAGAACUUCAAGGCGGCGAGCAGGUCGGGAAGUCUUCCUGCGCACGCCCUGAAAGCAUUGCGUGACUUCGACUUCCGCAAGAAGAACGCAGCUGACAAAGCGGCUGCACCGGAGCACAACACUGUGCUGCAUAAGCUGCCGGCAAAGUGCGCCGAGGCUGAAAAGCCUUCCGGCCUCUCUGCUAGUACCGGAGCAGAGGAGCGGCAGCAGGCUGAAAAGCCUGUCAAGCUUCCUCAGGCGACUGGAGAACGUUGGAGCGAGAUGGCUUCCAACCUGGGCUUCUCCGAGGGCGAGGAAGAUGCAAUUGUUGCAUCGCCCAAGUCUACGAGUUGACCAGUCUCAUUCUGAGAUUCUCUGGGGGGUUCUAUGAGCCCUCAUCAGAUCUUGCGCCUGGACUGCGGAGGACUGAAGAGGUUAUUACGCAGUGCGAAAUCUAGACGGUGAUCAGCGCGGCCUUGACUGCCAACACGAACAAGCUUCAGC